AUGUCUGUUUUUAAUGACUCUGAGGUCAAAUUUUUUCUUCUGAUUGGGAUUCCAGGGCUGGAACAUGCCCACAUUUGGAUCUCUAUCCCCAUUUGCCUUAUGUACCUGGUUGCUAUCAUAGGCAACUGUACUAUUCUCUUCAUCAUAAAGACAGAACCCUCACUUCAUGAACCUAUGUAUUAUUUCCUUGCCAUGUUGGCUGUCUCUGAUAUGGGGCUGUCCCUCUCCUCCCUUCCUACAAUGUUGAGGAUAUUCUUGUUCAGUGCCAUGGAAAUUUCACCUAAUGCCUGCUUUGCCCAAGAAUUUUUCAUCCAUGGAUUCACAGUCAUGGAAUCCUCAGUACUACUAAUUAUGUCUUUGGACCGGUUUCUUGCUAUUCACAAUCCACUCAGGUAUAGUUCUAUCCUCACUAGCAAAACAGUUGCUAAAGUGGGGCUAAUCUUAGCCAUUAGGAGCAUCAUUUUAGUGCUUCCAUUCCCCUUCACCUUAAGAAGAUUAAAAUAUUGUCAAAAGAAUAUCCUUUCUCACUCCUACUGUCUUCACCAGGAUACUAUGAAGUUGGCCUGCUCUGAUAAUAGGAUCAACUUCAUCUAUGGCUUCUUUGUUGCUCUCUGUACCAUGCUGGACUUCAUGUUGAUUGCUCUGUCUUAUGUGAUGAUCUUGAGCACUGUUCUCAGCAUUGCAUCUCUGGCAGAGAGGUUAAAGGCCCUCAAUACCUGUGUCUCCCAUAUCUGUGCUGUGCUUACCUUCUAUGUGCCCAUCAUUCUUCUGGCUGCUAUGCAUCGCUUUGCAAAACACAAAAGCCCCCUUGUUGUAAUCCUUAUUGCAGAUAUGUUCUUAUUGCUGCCACCCCUGAUGAACCCCAUUGUGUACUGUGUAAAGACUCGACAAAUCCGGGAGAAGGUCCUGGGGAAGCUGCUUCACAAGUGUGGGAGAUGA